AGGUCGCAACUCUUCAAAUUAAUGUGUCUCCUUAAGCUUAUUCAAUUUGCCACAUUUCCAACGGACUGUUACGGGCCGCUUCUCGGGUACUGCGCCUAAUAUCAAGGUCUUAACACCACCCUAUAGAAGUCGGCAUUUGGUUGCAUGUCGCCCAUUUCACCAACUCUAGUCCAUCGACUGCCCGUUUUGUGUUUUUUUAUUCCAGUGAUACUCCCUCGUGGGCUAGUUGCCUAUCUCCGUUACACCAAACGGAGCGAGCCUCUGGAAUUGGCAAUAACUAUGAGAAUCGCCCGGCCGGCAAUGUCAUCUUUUAGGCAGAGCUGUGAGGACUGUAUGGCAGCGCAUGACAUGCUUGUGCUUGAACGGGCCUCUUACAAUUUGCUCCGGCCAACAGCGAGGCCCCCCAUGCUUUCACUUGAAAUUGACUCGCUGGUGUUGAGUCAUUAUUUCAUAUCUCGGAAGGACCGCUGUAAAAGUUUCACGCUGCCGAGAUGCGAUGCAAAGGCGGUCCGGUCAUCCCAGCAUUGCGCUACACACCCACUUGCUGAGAAACAUAUCAUCUUUCUUUCUGGUCUAUACCCACUGAUGCAGGACAGACUAACAAUGUAAAGAAACUGCAAAGAACAUGCCAAGAUCUUUUCUAACAAGGGCUGUCUUUUUUUUUUUUUUUUUUUUUUUUGCACGCAUAAAAAGGCCUGAGCAUGGUCUGUAUGCAAGAAAGGCCUAGCCCAACAACAUCACUGCCAUUGACCCUCAACGAGUUCCCCUAUUGAGUUUUGUGCAGGAGGUAAAGAGCUUUGCUUGUGUAAGCAAUCAACGGUCGAGUCU